AUGGCUUACCAUUUAUUUAAGAAGUUACAAAAAGUAAGCAGUAAAGAAAGCCGGGUAAACAAAGAAAACGUAAAUGAUGGUUUAGAUAAAUGGCUAAAAGAUUUGAACGACAUAGUUGAUAAAACUAUUGUUGAUGAUAGUGAUGAUGAUGGAAAUAAUUUUCCUGAUAACAAUUAUGUAGUAAAUAUUAAGGAGUAUUUAAAAACAGUAAAUAAAAUUGUAACACAUAGUGAAAAGGUAAAAAAUAAAAAACCUGAUGAAUUAAAAGAUGAGAAAAUAAAUAUAUCACAUAUUAAAGAAUUUUGUAAAAUAUUAAUUACAUGUAGUAGCUUAUUAAACAAGUUAAAAACUGAAAAAAAAAAGGAGAAUGAAAUAUUACAAAAAAAUAAUAUAUGGGAUCUCUUUGAAGAAAUUAUUUUGAAUAGUUCAGAAGUUUUGAAUAAAAUAAUUAGUUUGAAUAAAGACAUGUUUCAUACAAAAAAUAUAAGAAUAGAUUGUAAUGAAUUAAAAAUAUAUAUAAAUUAUUUAAAUACAUUAUUUAAAGAAACACACAACUGCGAUAUUCUGUUUGAUCUCUUUUAUUUAGAGUUUGAAAAUUCUAUAUUUAUUAAAUAUGAAAUUAUAUUGUUGUUACAAAAAUUAUAUAUCUAUGACAAUAUAAAUUUUUAUUUUUAUUUAUAUGAAAAUGUUGUUUAUUCAGACAAUAUUAAUUCAUGUUAUUAUUAUAAUUUGUUUAGUGUAAAAUUUUUUCAAAUUUUAUACAGCGAAUAUUACACAGAGGGUUCUAGUAGCAAUAGUAAUAAUCAUAUUAACAAAAUAAACAACAACAUUAAUUUAAAUGACCAAAAUAAACUUGUGACAAACUUGCAUGAUCAAUACAUGCUAAUAAUUAAUAAGCUAAGGAAAGGAAAAUAUUAUUACACUGAUUAUAUUAAUUAUCCGUUUAAUUAUUCAAGCGAUAAAAUUGUUUACAAAAAUAAAAAUGAUAAUUAUUAUAUAAAUGAAAAUAAGGAAUUUCAUUCAAUUCCUUUGAAUAAAACAUUUAAAUCUUAUAUAUUUAAUCAUGAUAAUGAUUUCUUAAUUCAAAAAAAACUUAAAACAGUAGAUCAGAAAAGUAACUUAUAUGAAUUAGUGACAGACUCGCAUGAUUUGAGCCACUCCAGUUCCUCCUGUUCAUAUUCUGAUGAUAUUAACACAAAUUUUAAAUCUGUAGAAAAUGCGGGGAAAAAUAAAACAAAAAUUGGUAACAAAAAUGAUGCAGAUAUUUCUAUUAUUAGUGAAAAUAUAAGAAGACCAUAUCAAAAUGAAAAACAAGAAAAGAGCAAUUCGAUCAAAAAUUGUUCUAAUGCAUCAUCAAUUAACAUAAACCCUCAAUCUGAUUCAAACAGGAACAUUUUUAAUGAUGGGGAUAAAAAUAACAUAGAAAACAUCAACACGAAUAGUGACAAUGCUCGAAGUAGUAACGAUGAUCCAAAUAAGGACAGUGUGUACUACUUUAGUUCUGAUGUUUCAAAUGAUAUAAUAAGUGUUAACGAAGAAUUUGAUGGGGAUAAAAAAAAAAAAAAAAAAAUCGAUUUUUGUGAGGAAAAUAUAUGUUUAAUUAUGUUUCGAAAUAAUAAAAUCCGUACUUUAAGAAAUACCAUAGAUAAGUUAGUACUAAAUAGAAACAAUUUUGUUUGUGAACUAAUAACAUUAAUGAGUUCAAAUCAAAAUGCCUACCUAAUAAAUGAAAUUAUUUUAUUGUUAUUAUUAAUAUCGAAAAAUAAUAGUGAAAUUAAAAAUAUUAUAACUUAUGAAAGAGUAAUUGAAUGUAUAUUAAAAACGAUAAAAGAAGAACACAUUUAUUUAUUUAACAACUUUGAUGAAUUAUUUUUUUUACAUAGUGAUACACAUUUUGUUCAGAUAAAUCCAAAAACAAAGAUCCGGUGUUUUAUUGAUGAAGUAUAUGAAAAUAGUGAAAUUGAAAAGGAAAAUAUAAAGAUAAUCGAUUCGAAUGACUAUAUAAGUAAAAGCUUGCAAUGUAUUAAUGAAAGUAUCAGUAGUAAUGGAAAAUUAAACGAUUCGAAUUUUAUAGAAAUAAAGAAAAAAAGCACAGAUGUGGAUGAAAAGUAUAAUUCUAUAGAAGUAUAUCUUGACAAUAUUUCAGUAAACAUAGAUAUUAAAAGUAGUUUAUUACUUCUUCAUUGUUUAAUAAUAAAUAGUGAUUUUGUUUUGAAGUAUAUUUAUGAGCUAAAUAUAUUAGACGAAUUUAUUAAAUUAGUUCUCAAUUUAUAUAAUAUAAAUAUAUAUGUAUAUAAAAAUUUUUUCCACAAAUUUUAUAAUAAUUCUUUGUUUAUUAUGAGCACUUUUAUUGAUAUUAUAUAUAACAUAGUAAAAGUGAGUAAGGAAAAUAGAUCAGUAGAUAUUAACUUAAAAAAAUUAUUACCAAUAUUUCAGCGUGGAAAAUUUUUUGAAGGUUCUAUUUUUUUCCUCUUUAAAUUACUGCUGAUAUAUUUAACAAAUAUAUCUAAAUAUGCUUCUAAAAAUAAUAAAAGGUUCAUAGAAGCUCGUGAAUCUAAUAAGUCCGAUAAUAAUUUGGGUACCCCGAAAAGAGAAUUUCCACAUAGUGAUACUGGAAGCCAUACAGUUAUUGGCUCAUAUAAAAAAUUAGAAGCUGCGGAAGGAAGUAACUUGGGUGAUAGCUGGAGUGGUUAUGAAAAGGGAUCACCAAAUUAUAAUAACGGACUGAGCAACCUAAAUAAUGAAAUGCUUGAAAUGUUUAAAACGUUUAUUCACACAAAUGUUAGAAACAUUUUGAGUAUAUGCUGUAAAUUUUUGUACGAAGAUGAAAAAUAUUGUUCUGAAUUUAUUUUUAGUCACUUUAAUACUACUAAAAGUUCUAAUAACAGUAGUGCAUAUACAAAGAUAAACAAGUCGAAAAGUUUUGAUACCCUUGAAUCAGAUGCACACGGAGAAGAAACUAACUUUAUUCUAAAAAAUUAUCGUCAAAACAAAUAUUUCUAUUAUGAGCAUAUGCUAAAUUAUUAUAUAAACAAUUUGAAUCGUAUUAAAUACGUUGAUAUGUUGUUGAUAAUAUUUUUUUUCGAUAAAAAAAAUGUAAUCCAAAAUUAUAUAUACGAAUUUUUUAUGUGCUUAUGUGAAAAGCAUAGUAAUAUAUCUAAAUAUUUAAAUUAUGUUUUUUUUGUUCAAAAAAAUUUAUUCUAUUAUUAUGUUUCUUAUAUAAUGAAUAAAAUCAAGAAAAAAUCGUUAUAUUUCAAAAAAUUUAUAACCAAUUUGAACAAGCUAGUUGAUAAAGGAGAGAAGAAUGACUGCACUAAGAAAAAACACAUUGAAAACGAGGUAGAAAGAAAAAAAUUAUUUUUCUAUAAAUAUAUGAAAGACCUAGAAUUGAUACAUAAGAUAUGUAAUCUUACUUCUAGUAGCAUUAAUGUGAAGGGUGAAGAAAAUGGCAACAAAGAUGAUAAUAAGGUUUUAAACAAUUUCAAUAUAAAUUUUGAAGAGAUUAUUUAUUAUAACUGUAUGUAUGUGCAUAUGUAUAAUGGAAAAGAAAAGAAGUAUUUUAAAAAAUUAAAUAACAGGUUUAAUAAAAAUAUAUUAAUAUAUAGAAUAUACAAUUUUUUAUGUCAAAACAACAUUAAUAAUAGUGAAAAGAGAAUAAAACUAAUGAUUUCCCUUUUAGGAAAUAAGUAUGUGGAAAAACGAGUAAGUUGCUUAAUAUGCGCUUAUGUUAGCAUUUAUUUAUUUAAAGAACAAAAUGAUAAGGCAAAAAAUAAAGUUAUAAACGUAAUUAUAGAAAAAGAUAUGUUUAAUAACUUAUAUAAUUUUUUAAAUGAUUUUAUAAAAUAUAAAUUUGACAAUAAAUAUUUUUUUUGUGCAUUUACACAAAAAAGUAAAAUCGUCGAGCAAGAUAUACAAAGUGUAUUACACAUUAAAAAAGAUAAAUACUUUCUGUUUUAUUCAUAUCAAAAGGAUCUUUAUUUUAUUCAUUAUAUUUACUCCAGUUUUAUUCAUCAUAAUAUAUUAACAUACUUUUUUAAUGAAAGCAAAAAGGAAGCAGGGGAAAGAAAUAGCUUGGGUGGAUUUGAAAAAAGAAGAAGGCAAAGAAGACGAAUAAAAAAUACCUCCAAAAAGGGAUCAAAUUAUAAGGAUUGCUUAAAUGAUGCAUCUAAGAAAAAAUCUAAAUAUUAUGAAAUGAACAAUGGAUUAUCAAAUGGAGAAACGGGUUCAGAGAGUUCUUAUGAAAUUGAACAAAAUUACACAGAUGAGGAAAAUUAUGAAAACAGUGAUUUCGACAAAGAGUCGAAUAAAACAGAAGAUGAUGAGAAUAGUGAAUCGAUGCAAAGCAAUCAAAUUAAUAGAAAAACAAAAUAUCUUCCAAAUAGUAGUGCAAAUAGAGGAAGUAGAAAUAAAAAAGGGAAAAAUAGAAGGAAAACAAGAUCUCCAUCCUUAAUAUAUAUGUAUGAUGAUGAAAGAGAUAGCAGUGAUAGAAGCUCAGACUCAAGUAAUUAUUAUCUCAACGAUGAAAAAAAUAAAAGAAAAGGAAAAAACAAGAGAGAAAAAUUAAAAAAAAUGAUGGAUGAUAUUAAUAAUAUGAGGAAAAAACAACAUGAAGACGAACUUAAAUAUAUAGAAGAAAAACUAUACUUAAAUAAAAUGAUUGAAAAAAAAAAUGACAUAAUAAAUAAUAUUUUAUACUCUUAUUUAUUGAUUAAAGAAAAAUCAGAAAAAAUAGAAGAAGAAAAUAUUAUGUUAAAAAAUAAAAAUUCUUUGCGAGAAAAAGAACAUGAAGUUCUUAUAAAUAACAAUAUGGAUGAAUUAAAAAGGGAGCAUAUAAAAAUGUUGGAUAAUUACGAAAAAAUAAAUAAUGAAAAUAAAAUCUUACAAAAUAAGGUUGAACAAUUUUCUGAUCUGUUAAUAUAUCUAUACAAUAAUGUUAAAGGAUGUAGUAAGUACAUGGAGAAUAUUGAAAACUUGAGUUUUUUUAACAACAAAAAUAAAACACACAACAUGAAUGACCAACCAGAUAAAACAUUGGGAGCUUACGAUCAAUUAGAUGUAGCUCCACAAGGAAAGUGUUAUGAGGAAACAUAUUCGAAUUCACAUAUCGGAAAUGACAUUCAGCCAAGCCAAGAACCAAGAAAUUAUGACUACCCAGCUCCUAAUACUCAAGUAGGAAAUUAUGAACACCAAGCUCCUAAUAUUCCAGUAGGAAAUUACGAGCAACCAUUUCCUAAUAUGCAAGUAAGAAAUUACGAACACCCAGUUCCUAAUAUGCAAGUAGGAAGUCAUCAGCAACCAGUUCCUAAUAUGCAAGUAGGAAGUUAUCAGCAACCAGUUCCUAAUAUUCCAAUAGGAAAUUAUGAACAUUCAGCUCCUAAUAUGCAAGUAGGAAGUUAUCAGCAACCAGUUCCUAAUAUGCAUGUAAGAAGUUAUCACCAACCUAAUUCACAAUAUCCUAUGAAUAAUUAUGGCCAAUUUAAUAUAAACCCGCACAUGGAAAGUUAUUUGCAAAAUAAUAUGAAUCAAAACGUGGGCAAUCAAUUCUAUAUUAACAGAAAUGAAAAUAUGGGUAAAGAAUUAUAUAUCGGAACAAAUACAAUAAUGCAUAAUAAUGCAAACCCAAAUGAAAACGAAAACAAAUAA